GUCGUUGUGCAUGCGAACCGGCCUAAUACGGUGCUUGUGUAGCUGAAAACGGUAACGGUCACCCGUGUUCCGAUGUUCCCGCGCUUCAUUUCCCCAAGAUAGAGAGAUAGAGAGUGAAUCUGUCAGGGUUUCACUAUGAACUCUCUACGCCUAGAUGCAUCAAAAUCAUUCACAGACGCUCGACCAUUUCUAGGGUUUCAAACUCACCCCUUCUUAUAUUCGUUCUCAAACUCAAUUGUGUGUUUCACUGAUCGAAACAUCUCUUCUAGUGUAAUUUCCUGUAGUUAUCAUGGAGGAAAUAGGAACCCUAGAGCGAAAAAGAAUCAGAAAAGAAUUAAUACCAGUAAUAAUGGAGAUAGAUUCAUUAAUAAAGAGAAAGAAAAUGUGUGGAGUGUAGAUAAUGAAUUAGCAAAAGGGGAAGAGAAACAAAAUCCAAGUAGGAGGAGGAAGAGAGAGGGUAAGAGAGUGAAGAAUGUUGGAGGGGGGAAAAGAGAUAAGAAUUCUAGGGUUAUGGUUUCUGGCACCAUGUUGGAUGAAGUUGAGACUGUUUUGCAAACACAGGAACCUGUUAUAAGACCGAUAUGGAAUACAUUUUCUAGUAGUGUAAGUGGGAUAUGGAAAGGAGUUGGUGCUGUUUUUUCACCCAUUACUGCGGAAAUGGAGCCAAUUGACGUGGGGAAGAAAAACGAGUAUUUGUAUGACUGCUACACUCUUUCUCACAUUGAACUGGUGCCAUCACCUUCCAAAGGUCAGAGUUCUCACAUUAGAAGGAAAAUUAAUUGGGUUACUUUGAACCCUUAUGGUGAAAUACAGCAAGCUAGCAGAGAUCUGUCUCUGCCCUUGAAGGAAACAAUGGAUGCCAGCACGAAACAUCGUGAUUUGCCUACAUUCGAAUCAUUUGACCUUGGAUCAAGUGAUUUGAUGGAUGACGAUAUUAUGGGGAUAGAGCCUGGCCUUGUUUUCUUUGAGGAUGGAUCUUAUUCUAGAGGCCCUAUGGAGAUACCAGUUGGAGAACCACAAGAUGACUCAAAAUAUUUCCUCUCGCCAACAUUCAAGUUUGAGCAAUGCUUGGUUAAAGGAUGUCACAAAAGAUUACGCAUUGUGCACACGAUAGAAUUUGGAAAUGGUGGUUCAGACAUACAAAUAAUGAGAGUUGCUGCAUAUGAAGAAAAGUGGGUCAGUCCUGCUAAUUUAAGUGAACUAAGUGACGUGGAGUUUGAUUUGGAACCCUUUUCUCAGCGAAAACGAAUCCAACCAUCAGAGCUGACUGGAUACUGGAAGGUGUUUGAGGUGAGUGCAUCUCCAAUUUACGGAGAAGAGACGAAGGAAAGCAAUGAGACGCCUUAUGUGUACCUCUGUACCGAGACCUUAAAGAAGAAAAACUUGCCUGAGAACCCUGUUCAUUUCGGAGAAGAAGAGAUGCUUGAUAUGCAAGAUGUGUCUGUCCUUUGGCUUCCAGGUGGCAUAACAGGUUAUGUAGACAUCAAGAAGGAUGGUGUUCUCUGCAUUGGAUUCAGUUGGUACUCUGACGAAGGAGUCAACCUUGUUAUGGAGAGGGAUUAUGGAACAGAUGGUAAACUUAAAGAUGUUCGAUUGAAUACAGAGGUGAAGAGAAGGUGGUCUGACCCACUAUGAUUCCUCCUUUUUCACCUUAUUUCUGUUGCUCCAGUUCUUACUUGCUAAUCUAUCUCUUCAGUAAGGUCUGUACACAUUCCCUGUAAGAAGAACAUGCUCAAAAAUGUAAUAUUUUCUUCUUUUAAAGAAGGUUCCGAAAAAGCAAGAUGUGGAUUGAUAUUGGAUAUUACUUGGUUAGUCCAUAGCCAUUGAGACA